GGGUCACCAGGCAUCAGGUCAUUUGGCUCGACAGCGGGCACCGCGUCAUCUGGCAAGGCAGUGGGCUCCGAGUCAACAGGCACGACAGUGGGCACCGGGUCAUCAGGUACCGGAUUGUCUGGCUCGACAGCAGGCAUCGGGUCACCAGGUAUGACAGCGGGCACUGGGUCACCAGGCAUCAGGUCAUUUGGCUUGCCAGCGGGCACCGCGUCAUCUGGCAAGGCAGUGGGCACCGGGUCACCAGGCAUUGGAUCGUCUGGCUCGACAGCGGGCAUCGGGUCACCAGGCAUCAGGUCAUUUGGCUCGCCAGCGGGCACCGCGUCAUCUGGCAAGGCAGUGGGCACCGAGUCACCAGGUACGACAGCGGGCUCUGAGCCAAUUGGCACGACAGCGGGCACCGGAUCAGGUACCGGAUCAUCUGGAUCAAAAGCGGGCAUCGAGUCAACUGGC